GGUCAGUAUUCUAUAAUCUCACUUUCUCUGCACCCGGGUUCUUCUGUCUGAACGAAAUACACGUGUGUUCACACACACCAGUUUUUCUUUAGUGUUUGCCAAUGUCGCGUUUUUAACCCCUCUCCACAGCACAGUUUGGAUUUGCAGGUUACGUGGUUUCAAGUUUUGGUGUUAUCAGAGCGAUAUUUAAGCAAAUCUUGCGAUCAUGUCCCAGGUGACAUCCCACCCAGUAGCCAGCGGCCAGAUGCCAAUGCGCUCCCCGGGAUCUGGAGUAGCACUAUCUGCUUCCGCUGGUAAUAAUAUGUCGGCAGGCUCAGGGACUGUUGGCCAGAUUGUGCAGGGUCCUGCUGGUGCAGCAGGUGCAGGUCCAACUGAGUUGAACAUGGCAAACACCAAAGAGAAGACACCCAUGUGCCAUCUCAACGAGCUCGCUCGUUUCAACAAACUACAACCCCAGUAUGAGCUCGUGGAAGAGACGGGCCCUGCCCACGAGAAACAAUUUACCGUCCGCUUGGUACUUGGCAAUCAAAAGUAUGAAGCUAAGGGGACAAGCAUCAAGAAGGCUCAGCACCAAGCAGCUGAACAGGCCUUGCUCAACUGCAACAUGCCGGCCCCCAAGCCAAGAAAUCCCCGCCUCCAGAAGUCCCCUGUACCCAACCCCAAUGCCCUGACAGCAACAGUGGAGCUCAACAGUCAGGCCAUGAAGGCUGGCGUCAUAAUCCAGUACGCACCGAUCGGACCCGAUCCCGUACCCCACUACAACUACUACCGAGGUGGGCGAGGAGGGCAAGGCUUCCGGCCACCAAGACCCCAGGGACCGGGUAACUCUGGACCAGGAGGCCCAGGGAUGCCUGGUCCUGGAGGAUCUGGUAAUCAUGGAGGUAUGAGACAACAGGGACCAGGUAUGGGGGUUGAACCCCGAGGGCCAGGAGGUCCUGCUGAUUUCAGGGGACAAGGACCACCGGGACAACGCCCACAAUUUCACCAAAGAUAUGGAGGUCCUCGUCCAACGUUCUAUGUGAAGGUAACCGUUGGUAAUCGUGAGUUUAUUGGAGAGGGACGUACUCGCAAAGAUGCCCGCCAGAAUGCGGCUCUCAAGGCAUUGAAGUCAAUGGAGGUAGAUCCUUUCCCAGAAGUGAAGGAUGAGGCCGUCAGUACCGCUGAUCCACCGACCAAUUCCAUUAAAGCAGGUGAAGACGAAGACCUCAAGUCUGACAUCAGUGUUGUUUAUGAGAAAGCUCAUCAACAUAACAUGUCUGUCAUCUUCAAGGUGACUGAAGAGAAAGGCCCACCUCAUCUGAAAAACUUCAAAGUUGAAUGCAUUGUUGGUGAGUACAAGACUGAUGGUGCUGGUAACUCCAAGAAGAACGCUAAACGUAAAGCCGCAGAGUCCAUGGUCAAGAACCUACGCAUGCUCCCAUCCCUGCCCAAAGUAGAGCGCCCUCGCCCUUACUUUCAGCUGCGCAAGAAGAAGAGCAAAUCACUGAUCAAGUCUCGUGCCACCAAUCCAGAGUAUGAAGCGUCUGGCCUGAACCCCAUCAGCCGUCUGGUUCAGAUCCUACAAGCCACUAAUAAGAAAGAGCCAGUAUUCUCCGUUGUAGAGGAUCAGACUGUAACUGAGCAGAGUGGAGGAAGGCUAGGGAUGCGGACUCGUAGACGGGAAUUCACCAUGCAGGUCACAGCUGAUGGUAAAUCAUGCACAGGCAAAGGUCCCAAGAAGAAGAACGCCAAGCGAGCCGCUGCUGAGGAAAUGCUGAAGGAAAUGGGUUACUCCUCCACCUCUCCAGCAUCUGCCAAUACCCCAGGGAAGUCUGCUCUCAAGAACAAUGCAGAGAGUGAAGACGCCAGCGCUGGGGAUCGUAAGGUCACCUUUAAGGAGAGUCUGGAGAAGAAAGGUGUCGAUAACAAGAAGAUAGAGUCGCCGAUACCAGGCCAUAAACUUGCCCCAGGUCUGUUCCCCAUGAUGCCUGGUGUCAAUAUGACUGCUGGUUUCCCUGGACCAACCAACUCCCAACCAAUUCAGAAAUCACAACCUCAAUCACAAUCUACAGGUUUAAACCUUGCCCCUGGCACCCCUGUGACAGGCUCCUCAAAGAAAAUGCCACCCACCGCAGGCACCGUGACCUCCGACAUCGCCCGAGAGCUUCUGAGCAUCGGGACGUCUCCUACAGCCAACAACAUCAUGAAGGGACGUCCCGGGAAUUACGUGGAGAAGAAGCUGGUACGCCCUCGACAGAAGCUGGAGUUCCUGGCCAUUGCGCAGGGACUUCAUCUUCAGUUCACCGACUUCCCAGAGACGAAAGGCAAAGAGCAUCUUUCCCUGGUAGCCGUGUCCACUGAUCCCAAGCUAGUCUGCCAUGGUUCUGGGCCCGAUAUAGAAGCAUCCCAUGAUGUGGCUGCUUUAGCCGCUCUACACUCCCUGGCCGGAAACGAUCAAGAUGAUGAUUCGGCUAUAAGAUCCCAGAAUUCAAAACGGGGUCAGAAUCUGCCCAUGAAGUAACUUCUUUGGUAAGUUCCUGACACUACAAACAUUUUUAAGUAACUAAAAAAAGCAAUUACAGUUGUAUUCUUUCCUUGGCUUCAAUUUACGUUGUUUCUGCAAAAUGUUAGUGACACAAAAGUAUACUUCUUUUGUCAAAAUUUAGCCAGUAAUAUUACAAGAAUUGUCGUAAUGUCUGCUGGAUUGCUUUAAGAUGUUCCAGACAGCAAAACGAAAAAUCACUAGAUCCUUGAAAAGUUUUAAAUCGAGAAUCAAAUUUAAGAAGGAAAAAAAGAGGAAUUUAUUUGUUUUGAUGACAGUGACGAUGUCAUUUAUUGUUGGUGUUGAAAAUUGGACGGUGCUUCAACCACCUUUGAAAGUAAAGUAUGUUUUUAGUGUUUUUUAGAAUUUGUAUGCAUUUUAAGUUGGAUAAUUGCAUGGGUGAUUGUGCAAAUUGACUUUACACUAUGACAUCCGGUGCCAUACAUAACGUGGAGUGUACAUACAUCCUGUUUCCCUAGGCAAUGAAGAGCAAGUUCGAGUGCAAAGAUUUAGUAGACUAUUGACCGGCAACGUACGCGCAGUGCACACUAAGUCGAAUGACUCGUUUGGAAGCCUAGUCAACUAUCGUAUCACUGGUUCCCUUCCGCGGUUUCGCUAUAGUGUCCCCUCUUUACACAUGUUAGCAUGUUAUUGGGACCAUGGACAAUGAUGGCAGAAAUCAAGGUCAUGAGGCUGGUUCACAGUAGUCAACCAAUGGUCGCCCAGCCUCGGUUCUGGUCAAAAUAGUCAACCUUUAGUUAACCACAGUGCACACUCGAACUUGCUCAUAGUUGCAAGGUUCUAAAUUCUAGAGCCCCAGGCAGAAGCCAUUUUGUUUCUGUUCAUUAAGUGAGGCUUGUGUCAAAAGCUAGACUGGUACCAAUUACUUGUUUGAUGAUGAUGGUGUUUGACAACCAGGGAGCCAGACCUAAGUGUAGUCCACAUUUUAUACUUGUAGUGGAUUGUCAUAUUGUGAAGUGAGUUGCUCAUAGAAAGUGGAAAUGAAGUGGUAGGCUCUCCAGAAAGAAACAAAAACUCCCAGGUUUAAAUUCAGUUUGGCAGAAUUUUCCUGGAGAACCUUGGUUAAAGGUGAUAUGCUGUCACGAUCAAAGCAAGCCAUUGGCUGUAAAUGGAAUUAUGAAGUCUAAAGCCUGGUUUAUACUUCUUGCGAAUGUUAGUGUUUUCGCAGCGAAUGUUUCGCAGGAACACAGUUCAACUGUUGAAUCGCAUUCACAUUCGCAGGAAGUACGAACCAGGUUUUAGUCAGUGUCUGCACGGAAGCGUUUUCCCUCCAUAUGGAAAGGGCGCCCUCGUGUGUAGUAAAUGGAAUAAGAGUUCAUAACACCAUGUACAGCCACCUGCUGCUCUGACUACCCAGCCCUUUUGAGUCGAGCAUUAACUACUUCAUUGUCACUUCAAGGCACCAUGCUGCGGAGAAUGUGGUAGCCACCAGUAGGGGUUCUCUGCUCGAGCUAGGGGACCAGGGCAAAGAGUGAACCUGGUCCGAUUAAUAUCUGGUCAAGUCGCCCCAAAUCCAAAUGAUCUCAUAAUGCUAUUGGAUCCGAAGGCUUUGAAACUAAAGGCUGACAGAAUGCUAAUGUUGUUCAUGUCCCAAUUUCAUAGAGCUGCUUAAGCCUUCAAAGUAGCUAAGCACAACAAAAGUAUACUUACCAGAUUAAGGUUACCAGCUAAAAUACCACUAUCACAUAUACAAUUUAUGACUGUUAUCCUGCUGGUUUCUGCUUAGCAGACCAUUGUUAAGCAAUAUUUUCUGCUUAAGGAGCUCUAUGAAUUUUGAGUCUUAUUAUCAAGAAGCUGCAUGGACGUUUGGCAGUUACAAAUACACAGACUAGAUCAACCAUAUUGUUCUAUGCCUCAUUGCAUUUGUACGUGUGUAGUCGGGGAACUGAACCAGCAUGACCCUUCGGUGACCUUUGGAUUUUGGGUGACUUGACUCAAGAGGUGUACCACUUUACCAGAAAAAGAUUUUUAGGAUUCUGAAAAAAAAAGAAAAAAAAAAAAAAAAGGAGAUUUAAGUAUUUUGCCGUCCCAGAACCCUGAAAAUGACCAGAGAUUAUUUGGUGGUUUAGAAAGCCAAUGUUCUCGAGGUAAAUUGGUGCAGUGUUUAAAUUUGUCAAAAUGUUACAAGAACUUGAAGCACAUCAGCAUGUGAUGUCAUCGCAGCAACGUUGUAAUGCAGAUAAAGAAUUACUUUUAUUUAAUUUUGGAUGGCUGUGACACCCUACAAGGUGAAUAGUUCAGUUCAACAGUGCCAAAAGUUGUUUGGUUUUGGGUUGAUUUUAGGGGUCUUGUCAAAACUAUUCCAGGAUAGGUGGUUGGAUAAUAAUUUUCCAACGUCAAAUUGUUGUUGGAUUUCUGUCGGUCUAUAUUUCUAUCAGAGACGUGUUUUUACUCGCUGAAAGGCACGUAUUUCUCCAAUGCACUUAAGACUUACCCUAUUCAAAUGCACCUCGCUAGGCGCUCUGUGAUUUGACUGGCUGAUUGAGUGUAUAAGCAAAGUUAAAGUUUUUGAGCUAUCUGGAAGGUUUGGAGGUUGUUGUUUUCUUUUAAAGUGAGGUCUAAGUCUCUGCUAAGUCUCAGAGGUUUGUUUACAAAUACAACCCCGUGCACUGUGAACUUCACUCAGGUUUUCUCUGACACCCCAUUUCAAACAACGGCAGGUAAAAAAACCUUGUCCCGGACAGUAUUUAUCCACUCAUUGUCCUGGACUUAUUUUGACAAUGUUCCUUUUUGUUGCUUUGAACAAAGUACGUCAAAGCAAUAUGGUCAUAGGCACUGUUGCUACUCUGUGUUGCUGUCAUGCAACGUUGCUGACUAAGUAACUCACUGCACAUUUAAUUAUUGUAAUGGCAAUUGUAAUGGAAACAAAAAUCUCAUUUGAGUUCUUGUAUUAUUUAGUCUUAAAAGCUUAUUUGGCCAAAGUUAAACGUUACACGUAAUUUUGUAGAUGUAGUAAUUGAUGUUCUUGUACAGUUGACUAAAGAAAGUAAUAGCUCCGUUUGAAUAUUCAACAAAAUGAAAAAUUGUGUUUUCUAAUCGAUCCAGAACUUGGCAAUAUAGCCUUCUGUUGUUUUUCUACCCUAGCAUAUUGUUACUAACAAAUCAAGAAUGGCAGAAGUGCACAAGCAUGCUAACAGAAUAUUAGUAGACUAGUUUUUUGCGCAAAUUUUAACGCAAUUUCUGUAAUUUGCAUGAACAGUGUUUUGACUGAGAAAAAACAAAAUCAGAAGUUUGCUUAAAUUUAAAGUAACAAAUUUAACAGUUGUCUUUAAUUCGAACACGCUUUCAGAUGAAAAACAUGUU